AUGAACACAGAAGAAAGCGUGCACACUCUUCCAGACGGCCUUGACCUGUAUGCCAAGACAUGGAAGACCAGCGGGUCUCCACUUGCUGUUUUGGCCUUUAUCCAUGGCUUCAGUGACCACUGCAAUGCCUACCACGAUCUGUUUCCAACACUGGCAUCGGCAGGUGUUGAAGUCAGGUCUUUUGAUCAGCGAGGAUGGGGCCGCAGCGUCAAACAAACCAGCGACCGCGGUAACACAGGCCCAACCUCCCAAGUCCUCUCGGACAUCCACUCCUUCCUGCAAAGCCUACCCUCCAGGCCUGACCUGCCCCUCUUCCUAAUGGGCCACAGCAUGGGUGGCGGCCAAGUCCUCAACUACAUUUUCCAUCCAGAGUCACCUUACAACAGAGACUUAUAUAACCGGCCCAACUUCACCGGCGUGCUUCUGUACUCCCCUCUGAUCGCCAUAGAUCCAUCUUCCCGCCCCUCAAAGCUGACAGUCUCAGCGGGACGAGUUGUCGCAAAGUUGGUCCCCAAUAAGCAGCGGUAUUCCCCGCUUGACCACAGUUUGCUGUCUCGUAACGAGGACGUGGUCAAGGAGGUCAUGGCUGACGAGCUGUGCCAUGAUACGGGAACUUUUGAGGGCCUGGCUGGCAUGUUGGAUCGAGGUAUUUUUUUGGAGGGGAUGUUUGCCGCUGGUCCUGAGGCUUGGGUGGAAAGUGAGCUGCCGUUUUGGUUCGGGCAUGGGGAUGGAGAUCGCAUUACCAGUUAUGCCGCGGUGCAGGCAUUCGUCGAGGCGUUCACCGAGAAUGGUGGUAAUGUGAAGUUUUGUCCUUACGAGGGGGCUUAUCAUAAGUUGCAUGCUGAGUUGCCCGAGACGACGGAGAGGUUCCUUGCAGAUGUGAAGGCUUGGGUUUUGAGUAAAGUGCCUGGAACGAAGGAGGUGGUUGUUCAGCAUGUGGUAGAGGGUGUUGCGGGUGAAGACACUGCCGCUCAUGGGGAUGCAGAGGCCGACGGCAAGGCAAAGCUGUGA